UUAGUCAAAUCGCGAUCGUCGUUGCGUGAUCAUUCCGUACGUUACACUUGAUAUACAAAUCUCGGCACGCGUGAAUCAACCUGCGUACGAAAAUAAACUUCAUCGAGAAGCUUAAAUUACUGUGCAACGCGUAGCAUUGGAUCUGCGAAGAAAGAAGAAAAAAAAGAUAUUUUUUGUGAUAUUCACAAUCUAUCAAAGACAUUAUCGACUUCGAUGAUAAUGAAGCCAUGGAUGUUACUGGCUUUUCUAACCACCAUAGUGUUAUGCCACGAGCCGUUUCAAGUAAUCUUUGAAUGGAAGUUGAUUGACUUCGAGUGGCCGUCGGAGGAAGAUCGGCAGUAUGCCGUAAUGCGCGGUGAUUACAAACCAGCGAAUAAUUUUAUCACCACUGCGAAAUUUUGGAAAGAUAAAAUGUAUUUGACAUUACCACGAUGGAAAGACGGCGUGCCGGUGACGUUGGGUAUGACAUCGGCAAAACCGAUUAACAGCAUUACAGCACCUAAAUUAGAGGCCUUCCCCACCUGGGAUAUGCAGAAAUUGGGUAAUUGCACGGCAUUCCAACUGGUUCACAGCAUGGAAAUCGAUGUUAAGGGUCACAUGUGGAUACUUGACACCGGUCGACCCACGUCUCUCAGAGAAUCCAAAGCCGACUGCUCGCCGCGUCUUGUCAUUCUUGAUCUCGAGGACAAUAAUAAGAUCCUUCGUACUUAUGAGUUCCCCGAGCACGUAGCUCGCCGCAAAACUGCAUACCUCAAUGACAUUGUUCUCGAUCAUGAGGAUGGUGGUAUGGCAUAUAUUACCGACACUGAUACUACUGAUCCUGGCAUCAUUGUGUAUUCUUUAAGAGAUAAUAAUUCUUGGAAGAUCCGACACGAUUCUAUGAGAGCAAAAUCGGAGGCAGUCGGAUUCAUGGUAGCAAAGACGCAUGUAAUCAAUCCAGUGCACGUGGAUGGUAUAGCGCUUUCACCUGCGAGUAGUAGCAACAGACAAAUCUAUUAUUCACCUUUAUCUUCUUUCCAUCUGUAUUCGAUUCCGGUAUUUGCUCUAAAGAACAAUAUGACGAAUAUCGAUCAAUACGUGAAGGAACUUGGACGGAAGACUUCGCAAACGGACGGCAUGGCGAUGUCGUCUACUGGCGUACUUUACUUUGGUUUACUAGCUGACGAUGCUAUCGCUAUGUGGGAUACUAAGAAUACACCCUUUACCGUCGGUCAACGAAUUAUAUCGCGCGAUCACGUAUUGACGCAGUGGCCUGACAGUUUCGCAUUUGAUGAAGACGGUAAUUUUUGGUGUGUCACCAAUAUGCUACAAAAUUUCUUAAAUAAUCGCGUUGAUAUCAACAUGCCUAAUUACCGUCUCAUUCGAUCACGUGUAAAUGUUAAAAAUUAUCAAUACUAUGAGAACGGCACGGCGCCCGAAUUUCCAGAUUACAUCGCUGGUGCUGAUUUCAUCACACCCAUACUCGCCGCGUUAUUGCCUACCAUUUUUAUACUUAUCGUGAAGUAACCACUUCAUGACAAAAUUUUGUUAAAGAUAUUUAUGUUGUGUAUACGAAGAAACAAUUUACGAAUAUACGCCAAAACUGUCAAUCAUAUAUUAAUUGAUGGCGUCUCGUGGAAAAUUUAACGCCUAUCUCGUAACGUAACCAAUCAGAGUAACCAAACGUACAUAACAAAAAACACAUAAUGCGUGAUCGCAAAACUAAUCAGGCACGAUAAAUGACAUUUGUUACAUGAAAAAUCUGUAUCAUGGGACCAUAGAAAAUAUUGUUCUUUUUUACAGUUUAUUCGAUAAAUAAAGAGAAACGUAAGAUCUGACAACAGGA